CUGUUCGACCUCACUCUGGUGAAGGCUGCUCUCCGGGCUUGUAGGCUGUAGAGGCCAUGGGUUUUGGCUGUAUUUUCUCCGCGCGACUGGAGUUCCUACUAGGGGCGUUGCUCCUGCUUCUGGCGGGAAGAGAACUGGUGGCGAAACAUAACACCACCAAGCUCAAGAGCCCAGUUGUACACACGGAGGGCGAUAAGAAGCUGCAUUUGGGCUUAGGCGAGGACUGGAAUGGGGAAGGAUUGCCCCGCGAAGCUAAUUUUCAGGACGUGUUGCCUAUCAAUCUUCACUCCUCAAGCAACAAUAGUACCCCCCUAAACAAAGGUAUAAAUAAUACAGUAGCCAAGGAGGUAGAAUUUGGAAUGUGCACAGUUACAUGUGGCAUUGGAAUCAGAGAAGUUAUAUUAACAAAUGGAUGUCCUGGAGGGGAAUCAAAGUGUGUUCUUCGAGUGGAAGAAUGCAGAGGACCAAUAGACUGUGGAUGGGGCAGACCAAUUUCAGAAAGCCUUUCUACAGUGAGACUUGCUUGUAUUUAUGUACCACCAGAGAACCGUUUCAGGUAUAUAUGGAAAAUGCUCAUUCCAGACCAGCAAGCCCUCAUUCUUCCCAAUGACUCAGCUGUCCUUGAAGUAUCCCGGGAAACUCAUCCUGUAGCAUUCCAAUGUGAUACAUCAGAAAACAAUGAAAUAAUUGCUUCUGUAAAGUAUACUGUAUAUACCAUGGAUGAACUACAGUCAAGAAGAUUAAGCAGACCAGACACUGAUAUAAUACUAGUAUUUGUCCUGAUCACUGGUGUUAUUGUUUGCAUUGGUGUAAUCUUUGCAUUAGUCUUCAUAAUUAUUCACUGGGGUACUGUAAAAACAUUCUGGGCAACAAAAGGCUCUCUUUCAGAGAUGCAUUCUGAAGAGAGCUCAGUACGAUUCAAAGAAGGAGCUUCUGUGGAACCAUUGCCAACAGAUACCGUUGGGACUGAUGAAGAUUGCUUGAGUGAAUGGAAUGAGUGACAUAUAAGCUAUUAGAAACAAAAAAGCAGUAUAG